AUGAAAUUUUCGGCUGUGGAUACUGCAAGAGUCGGGAGAGCCAACCAGGUAUACUCCCCGUCGACGGGUGCUAGAAUAGUUGCAGGGUGUGUCUGCUUGACAAAGGAUAAGACACAAGUUUUGAUGAUUUCUUCGUCUGCUGAUAAAAACAAAUGGAUUCUUCCCAAGGGAGGUGUCGAGAAAGAUGAAAGUUCACCUGAGGUAGCUGCUCAACGUGAGACAUGGGAAGAAGCUGGAUGUCUCGGUGAAAUUAUCAAGGGACUGGGCGUUGUGGAGGAUAUGAGACCCCCAAAGGAAUGGAAUCAAGAUAUAGCGGCAUUUGAGAACGCUAAAUCUGAUGCAGAGAUAAAUAGACAUCCUCCAAGAUCGGAGUUCCAUUUCUAUGAGAUGGAAAUACGUGAAUUAGCAGACAAGUACCCUGAAGCGUCGAAAAGAAAACGAAGCUUCUUUAACUAUGAGGAAGCAAAGUCUAAUCUGAUAAAGGCAAAAAGAGCAGAGCUAGUUGCAGCUUUAGAACGUUCAAGUAUUUUAAGAGGCUGA